AUGUUGCGCGGACAGGCUGCGUUGCUGGCAUGGGCUCAGCGGUGUACUGAGGGCUACAAGGGCGUGAACAUCACCAACUUCACCAGCUCGUGGAGGGAUGGCCUGGCCUUUGCGGCGCUGGUCCACAACCACCACCCGGAAUCGUUUGACUACGAGCCCCUCGUCAACGGCGCCGACGCGCUCAAGAGGCUCGAGGUGGCCUUCGAAGCCGCGGGCAAGGCCGGCGUCCCCAACCUGCUCGACCCCGAGGAUGUGCUCGUGGGGCCGCAACCCGACCACUUUUCCAUCAUGACCUACCUCUCCACGAUGUACAAGCACUUCCGCGCGGGGCCGACAGCACCGCGCCCGGCCGCGGCCGUGAGCAAGCCGUACGACGCCGGAGAGAAGCGCGGCAGCGUCCGUUCGUACGGCGAGGGCGAUCAGAGCGAGGAGGAGUUCAGGAAGCAGCGCGAACGCGAGAUCGAGGAGAAGAAGAGGAAGCUGCUCGAGAUGGAGCGCGAGAAGGAGCGCGAACGCGAGCGUCAGCGCCAGCGCGAGAAGGAGAAGAAAGAGAUGGAGCGCGAGCGCGAGCGACUCGAGCGGGAGCGCAAGGAUCGCGACAUCCGCGAGCGCGAGCGCAUCGAGAAGGAGAAGCAGGCCAACACCAAGGCCAGGGCCACCGCCGCCAGCGCCAGCCCCGUCAAGGCCGCCGCCGCGCCUGUGUCGUCGGCCGAGGCCAAGAAGAGGGAGGAGAGGCGCAGGAGGAAGGAGGAGCUCGAGCGCCAGAUCGCGGAGACCAAGCGCACCAUCGAAAAGCUGGCGCGCAUCAAGGAGGAGAGGCGCGCGCAGGUCGAGGAGGAGGACGAGAUCGAGAAGGAGGAGGCCCAGCGGCGCUCGGUGGAGCGCAAGCGUCUGAGGGAGGAGAUUGAGAAGCGGUGGAACGAGGAGGACCAGGAGUUUGCGCGCGAGCGGAAGAGGCGCGAGGACAUCCGCAAGAAGCGGGACCACAAGCGCAAGCUCGAGGAGGAGCGAUUCCUCGAGUGGGACGACAAGAUGAAGCAGGCCGAGGAGGAGAAGGAGCGCAAGCUCAAGGCCGAGCAGGAGCAGGGCAACAACCUCAGCGGCGAGCGCGACACCGGCAGCCGCACGCGUCGCACCAGCCGCAACAUCCGCGAGGCCCUCCGUGAGCGUCGCGGCACCACCGCCGAGCCCCCCGCCUCUGGCAGCACCAGCGCGCGCGGCCGCGGCGGCAGCACCAACGAGACCACCGACACCGCCGCCGCCGAGGAGAAGCGCAAGGAGGACGAGCGCAUCGCGCGCGAGAAGGAGGAGGCCCAGGAGAAGGAGAGGGAGCGCGAACGGAGCGAGAAGGAGGCCAAGGAGCGGGCCAGCUCUCGCGGCAGCAGCGGCCGUGGCGGCGGCAGCGGCGGCGACAGCUCGGCCGACGACCUCGAGGCGGCCCGGGCCAAGCGACGAGCGGAGAGGGAGAAGCAGCUCGAGGAGGAGCGACAGAAGCUCAAGGCCGCCGCGGAGGGCUCGAGCGCCGGCGGCGCUGGCGACAGCGUCGAGGAGAGGCGCAGGGCCAGGGAGGAGAAGAGGAAGCAGAUGGAGGAGGAGUGGGCCAGGGAGGAGGCCGAGCGCCAGCGCGUGAGGGAGGAGAGGAGGCGCCAGAGGGAAGAGAGGGCCUAA